AGAAAAUAAGGCGCAGACCAAGAAACGGAUUCCCCACGAAACCCUGAGUCCUGACUCUGACUGACUCUGAAUAAAGAAAGCCGAAGCUUGAUGGCCAGCGAAAGCAACCGCUGAGGGUUUAGGGUUUAACGGAAGCACAUCGCCAUUGGAGGUCCCUAUAAGGGUUGUCAACGUGAACUACAACAAGAAAAGAAGAACAGUAGCAGAUAGUUACAGCAAUCGUCAAAGUUUCGAUCAUGUCGUCCUCUGCUCGUAAAAGUUCAGAAAACGAAAUUCCUGUGACCUCGGAAUCCCCUGAAACCUCAGACCAUCCUUCUCCCUCUGAAAUCCAAACAAUUAGAGAAGUUUCAGACCUUUCUGUCGGUGACAAAGGCCAAGAUUCUGGUGUUUCAGAUCAGUUGAAUGUCUCUGGAAGCGAAGAAGGGGAAGGGGGAGAAGAUGAGGAAGAGGGAGAAUGUGGGUUUUGUCUAUUCAUGAAGGGAGGUGGAUGCAGAGAUAGUUUCAUCUCUUGGGAGAAAUGCGUGGAAGAUGCAGAGAAGAACAAGGAGGAUGUGGUCGAAAAGUGUUCUGCCAUCACGGGAAUUUUGCAUAAGUGUAUGGAAGCCCAUGCAGAUUACUACGAACCGAUACUUCGGGCGGAGAAGGCAGCAGAAGAAGAGGUGGUCAAGGAAUUGGAGCGGGAAGCCGCUUCGAAGGAAUCCAAUCGGGAAACGGAGUCAAAGGAUAAACAGGAAGCGUAGUGGUUUAUUCAAUUUUGUUAUUUAUUUAUUUAUUUUCAAGAGAAAAAAAUAUUUCUAUUUAAUUGUAGGGCUGACAUUAAUUGUUAUGUAGAUCGUCAGCUCCUUCGAGGUAAGUAACUAAGUACGAGAUCCUGAGAUGUUAAUGCUCAGCGUCCCUAGUGUUUUUCCAUAGGGGAUGAAUAAAAGGAUGAGAUUUUUGUUGUUUAAA